CAAUCACUUCACGCACACAUCACACGCGUGCGAUCACCACUGCAGGAGGAAGAUGACGAGCAAUUACGGAUCCAUGGAGCCCGGACCAGCGCAGGCAUCCAUCAACCAAAGUCACGCGUACAGAUUACGCAGCGAGACGGACGACGAUGACGACGACCACAUGCCGCUGCUCGCCACUGCAGCCCCUACCGCACAUGUUCUUCGGCGACCAAGGGCAAACUCCUUUGACAGCCUGCGCGACCGCUUUCGUUGGCGGUCCAAGCAGGGCGGAACGGCAUCGUCCUCAUCAGCGGCUGCUGCUGCUGCCGCAGCCGCCUCAAAGAAGAAGGGUCUCAAGUACAUUCCCCGCGUUGCUGGUGCGCCGCUUCUGCCUUCACGCCGCCGUCUGCUCAAGCGUCCACGCGUCCCAUUUGGUGUCGUCGAUAACCUCUCCGACCUGGAGGAGGAUAACCCACACCCUCGCCGCGUCUCGGCCUAUUGCUACGCACAGGCUGUGGAGUGGAGCACCAUCGAAUCGGACAUCACCCGCGUCGCCAAGUCACACGAAAUGCUCAAUGACGACACCAUCAACAUUUUCAUGCCCACGUAUUACACGACAUCGCAGUCCCCAGAUGCGUUUGCAAUCUUCGACAACAACUACCUGCUGCCCAGGAUAUUUGGCGAGGAGGGCACUGCGAUCAAGCUGGCCGUCUCCUACGCCAUCGCCACGUCUGUCAAGCUCGAGACGUUUGAAGUCGGCAUCGAGAAGACAAUUGCGGCCACACAGCACAUUCCGCAGGAGCUGGCAACAGAGGGCAAGAUGGCGCUGAGCAAACAGGAGAUUUCAAAGUACAUUGGCGAGCUUUACAUCCAGAAAUCGUCUGUCAACCUCAUCUACGACAUUCUCGACACGCCCGACCACUUUUGGGAUCAGCAGCAUGGUGAAUGGGUGUACACAAAGUGCAGAAAGUUCCUCAGCAUCGACCAGCGUGUUGAUGUGCUGAACAAGCGCUUGGAUGUGCUUGCAGAGUUGCUCGACAUUCUUCGCACAGAGAAAUCAGAACAGCACAGCACCCGUCUCGAAUGGAUCGUCAUUAUCCUGAUUGUCGUCGAGGUGAUUCUCGGCCUUGUGGACAUCAUGUACAACGCGUUUGCCGAUGGCCACGUCGAUGUGCUUUAACCGGCCGAACACAUACUCGAGAGCGACGGAACAGCGCCACUCGUUUUGACAAUACGGCACCACCAACACCAAGCCCCCUCCCCUCUUGCUGCUUGGUUCAUGUGUCAAAUCCAACACCACACCACCACAACCACGACCACCGCCACUCGACUGGCGCAAGCCACGACGUGUUGUGUUGUUACCUUCCCAGCUUCCACAUCCCCACCCAUUUCCCACACUGUGCCUUGCUUGCGAGUCACACUGUAGUGGCUGCUGAGGGUGAUGGCUCUUCUUUGUUUGUGUUUUGUGGGAUACGUGUAUUGUUGACGAUGAGAACCAAACAAGAAAGUAGUCGACAGUAAAAGGACCAACCACCGCAAUGAAGAAAGAAUAUGGGC